CGUAUUUAAAUCCACCAACUUGCCUAGUUUUUGUGUUCCACCGUAAUUCCAUAGCUCCACGCAGCCGAACGGGAAAAUCAAACCCUAUCGCUAACAAAGAUCAAACGCAGUCCAUCAUCUAGGGUUUCGAGUAUUUUCUGCAUCAUCAUAACGACUGUUCAUAUCUGAAGAUUGAAUGAUCUAAUGGAGACUAAAGGUGGGAAGAAGUCGUCUAGUAAAUCCUUAUUCUAUGAAGCUCCCCUUGGAUACUGCAUUGAAGACAUUCGACCCAACGGUGGAAUCAAGAAGUUCAGAUCUGCUGCGUACUCUAACUGUGUUCGCAAACCAUCCUGAUAUCCCUAAGUUGGAGCCCAGACCACGGUUGAUGACGUGGUUGAAAUAAACUUUUAAUUUAGUUUUUCUUUUGAUCUCCUCACACCUUUUUUUUCCCACCCCAAUCGCUCUCUUACUUGCUCUAUUCGUAGCUGUAAACAUUUUCUGUAGUAGAUAUGGACUUGCCAAUCUCUGCAAUUGGUUUUGAAGGUUAUGAAAAGAGGAUUGAAAUUUCGUUUUUUGAGCCAAGCAUCUUUGCUGAUCCCGAAGGGAAGGGUCUUCGAUCUCUUUCCAAAGCUCAGUUGGAUGAGAUUCUGGAACCUGCUGAGUGCACUAUUGUCGCUUCACUGUCAAAUGACCAUGUCGACUCUUAUGUCCUCUCUGAGUCAAGCCUCUUUGUUUAUCCUUACAAGAUAAUCAUCAAAACAUGUGGGACAACAAAGUUGCUCUUUUCAAUUGCACCCAUCCUGAAGUUGGCUGAUUCACUUUCCCUCACUGUUCGGUCCGUCAGAUACACUCGUGGGAGCUUCAUCUUCCCUGGAGCUCAGUCAUAUCCUCAUCGUAAAUUCUCAGAAGAGGUUUCUGUACUUGAUAGCUACUUUGAGAAGCUUGGUUCAGGCAGCAAGGCUUUUGUAAUGGGCAAUUCUGACAAAUCACAGAAAUGGCAUAUCUACUUUGCUUCUGCUGAAUCUUACCAAUCUCUUGACCCUGUUUACACACUAGAGAUGUGUAUGACUGGUUUGGACAGGGAGAUGACUUCUGUCUUUUACAAAUGCCAGUCAGGCUCAGCAGGUUUGAUGACCAAUGACUCUGGUAUAAGAAAGAUUCUUCCAGAUUCUCAAAUAUGUGAUUUUGAGUUUGAUCCUUGUGGUUAUUCUAUGAAUUCUACUGAAGGAGCUGCAGUUUCUACAAUUCAUGUCACACCGGAAGAUGGUUUCAGUUACGCAAGCUUUGAAGCUGUUGGAUAUGAUUUUCAAGUUCUAAACGUGGGUCAGCUGAUUGGACGGGUGUUGGCUUGUUUCCGACCGACCGAGUUUUCUGUUGCGAUGCAUGCUGAUGUUGCUUGCAAGUUUCUUGAGCAGGCUUGCUAUUUGGAUGUGAAGGGUUACAGUCUUGCUGAGAAGAGCCAUGAAGAGCUUAGAACUGGUUCCAUUGUGUACCAGAAGUUUAUGAAGACACUGGAUUGUGGAUCUCCUAGGUCUAUUCUAAAAUGCUGCUGGGAAGAGGAAGAGAAAGAGGAGGGAGAAAAGGAGUGGAGUUUCGAGGCUGCUUCUAUCAAACAUUAAAUAAAGCUGUUCUCUCUGUACUCUGGAAUCAUCUGUCACAGACUCAGAAUACUGGUCUUUGUGCCCGAACUCGGGUUUCAGUUAAGUGUUGUCUAGUCUAUAAUUAGCUGAAUCGUUAAAUUUGUAAUGUGAGUCUCUGUUAAAUUUGUGGAUUUGGUUUACAGUUUCGUGCUGCACCAGAGGCCUCUCCUAUUGUUAAUGUUUAUUUUUAAUCUGCAAACUCAUUUGUGUGUAAUGUUUGAAUUUCGGUGGAAAUUUAUAGAGGUUGGAGUAUUCUCUUUCACACGGUUUUUGUGCAAGACAAG